CUCGUGAUCAUGAACGUAUAUUUAUAUUGAAAGUUCAUGCUAUGAAAGUCCAUUUCAGUAUAUCAAAAUAGCAAACGUCAACAUGACGCCCGAGAUACAAUCGAGCAAGUCUCAGAGAUGUAUCGCGCAACACCUAAAUCGUAAAUCAAAGGCCAAAGAUACCCAGUUUGUGAAUCAGCACGAUUCUUUCGUCAGACGAAUUAGUAUGGCGGCCGUUCCUACUAUUUCUUCUGACAGAAAAUCAAUCCUUUUGUGCCCGAUCAUAACACAUUCGUCCACCACCGGUAAUAGUACCGCAAUAAGCCCAGCGACUGAGCGGGCCCAAUUCUGCCACACAUUCGAUCCAUCCAGUGAAUCCCAGCUGAUUAUAGCUAGUAUAUACACUAUAUCGAGUGACAAAGCAGAGUCUGAACCUCAUACCGAGGUGGCUAAAAUACCGGCAUCACACAAUCCAAGAAGAACUUUCAGCUUAAGAAAAGUACAUGACAAACUCCGAGAUACACUACGCCGGCGUCCGAGCAUCAGGUAACCGAAUAAUAUUAACCAUUGAUAAUCAUAUAAACGACCGCCCUCAGUUUCAAACGGCCAUGCACAGAGAAGUGCGCCCGUAUAGCGAAUUGACCCACUUAAGCCAUAGUAGAUAUCGUACAGUAAAACAUUGAAUCCUAGCUAAAAGUCGCGGUAAAAUAGGAGUACUAUUUAUUUGUGCAUUGCUACAAUGUAAUCGUCGGUGAUGAUAUCAUUCCUCAUGAUAAAACUUCGCGGGAACUUGAUAUAUCUUUUUGAGAUUUCAGCCAGAAAGUAAGCACCACUUUACUUUGCAGCAUACAUGGAGGAAUGUGCAGUGAAUAAAUCAUAGUUUAAAACUCAG